GUGAAGGAGCUCGGCGCCGCCGUCUACAACUGCAGCUGCUUGGCCAAAGAUUUAGGCAAAAUUUUUGAAGCUUAUUGGGCUCUCGGUGUUCCCGGUGCUUCCAUCCCGGUACCAUGGCCAGCAAGUUAUUCCACCGCCUUUAACAUGGAGACGCCGUUGGAGUUGAAGCUCAACGGCACCGAUGCCGCCGUCUACUUCUCGAGCUCCCCACCGGCUCUCUGUGCCUCUGGUCGGACCCAGGAUCUUGACGCCCUCCUCAACAUCAUCGACACCGCCGAGGACUUCGUGGACAUCGCGGUGAUGAGCUACCUACCCACCACCGAAUUCUCCCACCCCGAAAGAUUUUGGCCGGCAAUCGAUAACCAGCUACGGAAAGCCGUCUUUGAACGCCGGGUCAAGGUUCGGUUGUUGGCGGGUUGUUGGCGGCACAGCCGCGUGACCAUGUCCCCCUUCCUCAAAUCCCUCGCCGCCGUCGCCGAUAAUCAGACCCGCUACAGCGUGGAGGUGCGGCUCUUCAUGGUGCCGGCGAGCGCGGCGCAAGCCCAGAUCCCCUACGCCCGGGUGAACCAUAACAAGUACAUGGUGACGGAGAAGGCGGCGUAUAUCGGUGAGACGCCUGCCCCGCCCCCGCCCACCGCCGCUGGCAUCAGCACCAUCCGGGAGCAGCUGCAGAAGGUUUUUGAGCGGGAUUGGAGCUCCCAGUACAGCGCUGACAUCGGCGAUGCCGAGCGCUGGGAGAGCCUCUGUGGCUUCCGGUAG